AUGCUAGCAAACUUCAACUUCGAAGCACAUGCCGAGUAUCUUGCCGCGGCCCCCCACCCCCAAAUGGAACAAUCAACAGAGGAGAUUGGGCCUUACAAAUUAAACAGGUGGCUUUGUCUUGGGAAAACUGCAUACGGACAUGACAAGGAGACGCUUGAACAUGUCUAUAUCAAGACAGAAAAAGCAAGCGCACUUAUCGAAUGGGAAGUAUCGACUCUACAGAAACUUUCUGGAGGAAUUGGCAUACCAUCACUCCGCUGGUCUGGUACUGUCGAUGGCCAAAAGGUCAUAGUUACGGACGGUUUUGGUCCUUUCUUAGAGGAGCUAUUCGAUAGAUGCAGCCGCUUUUUUGGCGUUUAUACUCUCGCUCUAUUGGCCGACCAAAUGUUAUCUCGACUAGAGUGGAUGCAUUCGCGACAUAUUAGUCAUGGGAAUUUGAGCCCUUCUUCCUUCGCUGUUGGAAACAUGAGCUGGCAGAUGCCUCAGCUUAUUCUUGCUGAUUUGGGGAACGCGAAUAUUUCAAAUUUAUCAAGCAAACGAGAUCUCGAAGCGGUCGGCAAUAUCAUAUUUUACUUGUCAAGUGGAUCGAAAUCGUGGGAGGAUUUUCGGACACAAAACGGUAUGGGUCAAACGCUCUCGGACCCUCUGAGGUCCUACUUUGCCGCAAUUUCGGAAAGCAAGCUGCGUCCCACAGAUUACGGAAGACUCCGGCAGAUAUUCCGCAAUACAUGUCAGACCUCGUCCACGAUUGCUCUCAUCAAUGAUCUCAUCAUACCGCAAGCAAAUCGUCCAAACCUGAAGUGCUUGGCGACUGCAAGCACAGGUGACCUAUUUGAAGUCCUCGGGUCAAAGCUCUCGGCUGUCGGGGGGAAGGCCAGCCACCUGAUGACUCCGUGGAAGUAUGAACAUGGCGCUUAUCUUUUACGCUGCCUGAAUGAUAUUCUUGCAGUAUACACUGUCCUUCUGAUCCGAGACAGGCCAUCUCGAACUCGCAAGCUUUAUUUGGUGGGAGCUUAUCAUCUUCCAAAUAGACUUUGGAGGGAUCUUCGCUGGUAUAUCUCUGCCGCUCGAAAUGGCUCCACCGCGUUUCAAGAAGCAAUUAUCUUGAACAUUUACAAGUUCAUGGGGCUGAUGCUGGAGAUGGUACCAUGUUAUGACGCGUAUUGGACGAGCUAUCUGUUGGAUCUCACUUGUAUUCUCAUUGACCUGCGCUUGAAUCCCUCUGAAGCAUGGGAAUCAGUUCGGAUCUAUUGGCGUGGUCGUGCUGAAGCUUUGGGUGAAAAGAACGUUCUCUAA